GGUUGGAGACGUUAUAACAGCUAACAUGGAUAUUUUGUUUGCCUCAGUUUUACUUGUACUUAGUGCUUCUACGGUAUCAGGAUGGGGAAUUCCACAGCCACAGAGAACAAUAUUUCCUAACUUUCAACCAGACUUUCAACAACCACCAAAUACUGAUCCAUGGGGAGUACCAAACAGAAACCCUGGCAGACAAACGUUUCCUGUACCACAACCAAAUACUGAUCCAUGGUGGGUACAAGAUACAAACCCUGGAAGACAAACAUUUCCCCAACCACAACAGCCAUCUAUAUUUCCACUCCAGCCGAUACAAUUUCCAUUUGGAAAUCCCGGUGGACAACAACCACAGCAACAGGGAAAUCAAUGUCAAAUUUUGGCUUCUAGUGGUGACUGUAGAUUUUACGACUGUUUUAAUCAAGUUGAACAGCAAUGUUUGUUUCAAGGCCAGUUUUUAGUCAAUGAUAUGCAGUCGUUAUGUCAAGGGGCUCAACGUCUUUCCGGAAGAUUUUCUUUUCAGGGACAGCAAUAUUUGCAAAAAGUUUCGAAGUGUGCUGCUAAACAAAUGACAAGUGUGGUCAACAGUCAAAGUUGUAACGCCAUUGAUUUCCAAGCAGCCUCGACUUUAUUCGGACAGUCGACUGGUGAAGAUUGUUAUUGGCAGAAUCAGUUAUUCUGUAAUGUUGUAUCUAACCCACAAGACAGUCAAGCUCUGGUUGCUAUCCUAUUUGGUGGUAAUGCUCCAUAUAAUCCUCAAUUUAUAAAAGUCGCAGAACAUUUACAAGUCAUUGUCACGUCAUGCUCACAGUCCGUUCAAAACACCUUCCAAAAUAACUUCACUAACAGAUGUCCUAUUGGUACAGUAGGAAGACAAAACCAGCCCGUUGUCUUUCCCAAUCAACCUAUGAUGAUGGGUGGUGCAGGUGGUGAUUAGAAACUGCUGUUCAGUAACAAAUUUUAUUCAAACAAAUCAAUAAAAUCAUCAAUGAUUAAAAAAUACCGCUUAAACAAAUUAUGUUUAAUACAUGAGCUAUGACAAAAUAUCAAAUAAAGAGUUUUGUAUGCGAACGUAA